AUGAAACAGGAAACAAUACAACUGAAACAUUUAUUUUGUUUUACCGCGCUGAAAUUGAGAGGGACUAAUCAUAAGCAUUUCGGUCCCGAUUACUCCUGUCGCACGUCAAUUCGAACAGUAGAUGUAAGUAGUUUUCCCACGAAUCCCUUCGAAAUAUGCGCUAACUUACUGAGAAAACACCAAGACUCCAUGUUGUGUUUCUAAAUUCACUGAGAACUGUGCUCGUGCUUUAGCUUUCGGUAAGAUAUCUGACAAUUCUUUCAUUGAUCAUUUUGUGCUAUCGGAGUACUUACACAAUCAUUUUUAAUUUUGUUUUGAUGAACAGUGAGUACAACUGCGCUACCGUGGUUGCUAUUUCUGCCUAUGCACUAACGGAGAGGCGCGUUGUGCUCAGCUUGUUAUCUUCUAUGUCUUUAACAUCCUUGCACACAUUCCGUUUAAGUGUUCAGAUAUUAAACACUAAUGGAACGCAGUAAACGUACUCUGUAAGUAGUUCACACAAGGGUUGCAUUUGCAGUGCCCAUGCCACCUAAUUAUGAGUUCUCACGUGCUUAUAGUUCAAAUGCCCAGUCACCUGACAGCUCCGGCAUGUACAACAUUGUUCCCCAACUGGCGCACAAAUAUAUGAUCUAGUCGGCUGUUUUGAAUAUCUGUGCUAACACUAAAUGCUUGAGUUUGGCUCCGCACCACUUACCGUCGAAAGACAUAUGUUGGCUAGUGAUUUGAUAGGACUGUGAUUACUCACCCUUUCUUUGAUAUUCCCACAUUCACACACAUUGCUGACAUAAUUCUUCGGGUCCCCACAGCUAUCAACAAAUGAACAAAAUAACACUGAAUGCAUACAAACUGAAAUUGGGGAGUCUUCCCUUGCGCGUAGUUUCUGCAACGUACCACGAAAAAGUGCUUGAUCAUUACGAGAAUCCUCGUAACGUUGGUUCGCUAAACAAGAAGGACAAAAACGUCGGAACUGGUCUUGUUGGUGCCCCAGCCUGCGGUGAUGUCAUGAAAUUGCAAAUAAAGGUAAGAUUGGGGCCUACUUUUUGUAAGAAUGCGUUGUCUAUCCUAUAUUUCCUGUACCUGUCCCUCGAAUUAAUUUAUGCCAAGUCCAUAUGUUACUUUGAUUCAUUAGCGUCUGAGUUAUCUGUUCUUUCACCAACUCGCCCCAAAAAAGGCCGGCCAAUAGGCACCGGUCACGAAAAAACCUGACAGUCCUGUGUUGCGAAGUGUUUCUUCGCCUCGUCAGAUGUGCAGCUGGAGCACAAUUUCGGUCUCGCGGCAUUGACGGACAAACAAAUUGAUUAAGCUAUCUACCUUACUGGGGACUGUACGCUAUAGCUAAUCGUUGGUAAGCUCUGGCAGGUUAAUGUCGUCAAAGUAGUUGAAGCCACACAGUGGAUAUCCUAGUAUAUGAUCAUUGCCGUCAUCAUCCUCAUCCCCAUCCUCCUCAUCGUCACUCCCCCUUCCUGCCCCCAUCUUCACCCGCACGCUCAUCUUAAUUAUCAAAUUUCUUACAAUACUCCAGAGUACUCGGCCAGUGUCUAGUUAAUUAAGAUGGACCACCGGGUGCAUCCCUGUUCGAGGCCUGACUAAACAUCGAAGGGCUGUGAUCGCUGUUCCGUCCGUUUGUAUUAUUCGCUGCGAGAACUCAGUGAGUGAAAUUGGACGCCUUCGCCAGAUUAACAAGACGGCUCUCCGUUGUCAUGGCGGAUUUAGAGUGUGAACCAUCGAAUCCUGCCCGGCUUAGAACCCUGCUUGCCUGACAUCAUCCCUUGUUCCACGUCACUGUAGAACUGAUAGAAAGCCACAGUAGCAAAAACUCGAUAGAAUUAGAUGACGGUUGUACCGCAGUACUUUCUUCAUGAAGAUUGGCGCAACUUUCGCUGAGUCCAAAUCAUGAAUUACCGUUUCGUUUGCACAUGCUUUCUAAUCUUCAUGUGAAACCACAACUGUACUAUCAACGCGAGACAAGCUUUGACAGGGCUACCGUCAUCCCCAGUCGCUUUUUUGCACAACCUUAGCAUAGCAUUUCUGGGAGGUAUCCACGACAAUACAGGCCGAUCUUUGACAUUUUACAGGUACCCAGCCAUCACGCCGUCACUUGCGUCAUGGUCAAUCACUGAAUGCAGUAGACCUACCACUGGCUUGGUGAGGGAAUUACAAAGGCACUAGAUGUCCGUUUGUGCGCGAAUAAUCGUUUGGGCUUGACAGUCCUUGCGGUCUCGCGUGGAUAACUUUGCGUCGCUUUGUGGGGGUGACAGAUAAUCGUCAUUACGGGAUUAAUUCCGGAGGCCGGAUGGAAAACUGUAUGACUCUUGAGCUGAUGCAGUCAUUGUGGGGUCGCCGGGUAAACUCGAGAACUCUUUCAACUGCCUCGCGGACAGAGGACUUUAGUGCUGACCGUUGAAUAUUGCCUCAUCCUUCGACUCGUGCUACAAACCAAAACCAAAUUUCUCUAGCGAAGACCUUGGCUGACUUGGAUUUACCUAACUGUGUGGCACCAGGGUGUCGUACACGCGAUGUUUUUAGCGCGGACGAGGGAUUCAGUUGUCGGGCGUGUGCGAACGAAAACAUGGUUUAACAUGUAGGUUUUGCCAGUUUUGGCGCCACGAACUGAUCUUCCAUCACUCCCUCAAACACGAAAUCUUGCACUGACUAGAAUGUAUUCCAUCCACCUAGUGGUGCAGACUUCGUUUGAACAUGAGUUGUUUGCAGUGGUGCUGGAAGCGCGCGCCUUGGUGAUGACUGUCCGAUUGUAGUCGGAAAAGUCCAACGUUACCGCACCACUGUUGCAUCGACAACUAGGUCAACUGCUUGAAGAGUCAGACGCCCACUGCGGCCAUUUCAGUCUUCGGAAAUGAUCAGAUCGCGGAGAGGAAGUCCGUCGACAAGUUCGUCCAGCUGCAGAUAAGUUCAUUUGGUACGCCGGUUGGCAGCUGAACUUGGUGCGUACGUGGAAACGCCUGUCGACAAAAUACCCCGCUAACCGUACGCAAGUCAGCCGAUCAUGAAAUCGUUCUCACAUAAUCACUGCACAGUUUCCCUGUUGCAGGAUGAUCACUACUGGGUACAGGAAAACUCGUUUAAUAGCGGUUCGCUGUCGCCAAGUCACGGUGCCGUCAUCGAACCUUGCGACAUUUUUCAAGACAAUCGACGCGUUAGGCCCCAGACCGCGCCCUGGUAGUACUGUUGAUCCUAGCCUGAUUUUAUUUUUCCGACGGAUAAGUCUGCUUAUUUCACGGCGAACCUUCGCGGAAGGCUGCUUCUCUAUCCACUAUGUAUGAAUGUGCCGGCAGCUUGUCUUACCCCUCGUGCGUUUAUGAUGCUAUCAGCAUCAUAGGUCUCCUAUACGGACUCGGUGUGGUCCUUCUUUGAGGAAGACAAUCCAUCCGCUCGUGCACGCAAGAUUCCUCAGGGAUAUUCGGGUCCCGUGAUUUAAUUGAACAUCCACAUUACGUGGGCGAGCGCCUUCCGCACACCGACUCCAAGUUCCCAAGGGAGCACAUUCCUUGCUCAUGCAUCUUUUUUCGCCUUGAUUUUCAUAUAGGUUGAUGACGAGGGUCGGAUUAUUGAUGCCAAAUUUAAGACUUUCGGAUGCGGGUCUGCCAUCGCCUCCAGUUCCUUGGCGACUGAAUGGGUCAAGGGCAAGACGGUGGAUGAGGCUACUACCAUUAAGAACACUGAAAUCGCAAAGGAGCUGAAGUUACCGCCGGUCAAACUCCAUUGUUCUAGUGAGUAGUCAACACUCGUGACUUAUCUACUGCACGUCUUUUCUUACACGUCUCCUCUUUCAAAUCGCCAAAGUUGGGCAAAUUUCCAGUUCAUUUACUUAAGUCCUUUGUUUAGCUUACUGUGCUUAUAAAAUUGCCUCUUUAUGCUCAACCACUCCAGCACCAAGUUGCUUUUGACGUCUCUUGUAUUAGCUAGCACUACAUCAGACUAGGGUUGUAUGCACGUUUUCUUUCCUGCACGCUACCACGAUCGCAUUUGAAUUGGGAUCCACUUAGACUUACCAGAACCGUGCGUUCUAGAAGAAAACGGAGAACUGCCGAUGCAAAGAUUCUUGUUAGUCAUUUUGGUGUUGUCCCACGCUGGCUGAGCAGAGUGACUUCUUCUUUUAUUGCCUUUGCACCAGCUAGUCCUCUAAGACAAACCUGGUCGUAGCGCGAUUACGAGUUGCUAGGAUUGGCUUUGUCUUCGCGACACUGACAAACGCGGAAAACCUUAGUAAGGAAUAGUACGCUGUAAGAAUUUGAAGUGCGGCAGUCUAGUUAUACCGCAAAAAGGUAUUUGCCUGCUGUGCUAACUGCGCCUCUUGUCCUCAAACGGCCUGCCCUUUUGCGGAUGCGUAUUCGACCUAUAUUAACUUCCCCUUGCGAACUUGUCUGUGCGUCACACGAAGCUAAAACCGCAUCAUUUUCGUGUCAUGAUUUCGACCUGCGUAUACAACUCCUUCGAAACCUUCACGGGUACUGUAGAGUGUUGCUGACUAGCCAAUGUAUUGUGCUCCACGUGCUAUAAAUUGUAUUCUGUCCGCCGCAUGGACGCAAUUGCUUCAUGUAUGCCUGUUCAAAAAAGAAACGAAGUCCCCGUGUUCUUUAUUGACACUCGGAGUCACAAGAGCAGAUCGAGGCUCACCAGCGUUGUUCUACUCGGAAAAGAUUUUUAUCUGAAGUAUUCUGAGACAGAGACUUCGAGAGAAGGUUCUGUUAGCGCAGCGAGAAUUCGAAUGCUCUAUUUUCCACUGCAGCAAUUAUUUUUCAUUCGUUCAUUUGUUUUCUGCCAUCUUAUAUGGAGUUUUGUUUGCUAUUACUUGCGUCCACUUCUGUCGCCUCUUGCAACAAGGCGAGCCUGUGUGAUUUUGUCACUUGGCGUGGACCAGCUACCACCGAUUACUGAUUGCUCGUAUGUUGCUGUCCGCAGGCUGGGGGUAAAAAACAAAAUGAUAGUCCGUUGUCUUUCUACCAAGCCAGGUCGGUGAGCGUAACUCGCACCCGAAAUGACUUUCCCUGACCACGGUCGAUAUGGCGUAGUCCCGUGGUUCGUGGGUAGUAUCUGACUUGGUCGGUUAGUCAAGUAAGCCAUACCAUGCGCUUUGAAUAGGUCUUGUGUGGAAGCUACCUGAGGAUGUCUUAGAAGUCGUCUUAUUCGCCUGUCACAACUGACGAGAACAAUAGAUGGCCAGACACCGUUGUGAAAUUUUCCAAAAAUUGAAACAUUUGUGGCACUGGACGGUUCGUACAACUCAUUUCUACAGUCAGGAACGCGUCUUCUCCUUCUCUUUAUGCCUUCAGUUCUAAGUCCCACCCAGCUAGUUCUUUUCAACUUGAGACGCCGUUUAGACACCGUGAUCGUGUCUGGUCCUUAAGUAAUGCCUAAAUUUACGAUGAGGACGAUGUUGAUCGUGACCAUACUGACGGAUUCGGCAGCGACAAGUAGACACCAGUAUUUCCCUAUCAGGAGCUUUGUCUUUCUCCCACUGCUCUAGAAGUGGAUGGGAGACCGUUUCACCACCCUAGUCAUUUUCUGUCUGUCCAACAAUGCGGUUGAGGGGUUCCUUACCAAAUGAUGCCAAAUGGGUUGCGGUCGUCGUGUGAUCAGCUUCCGAGUACGCCAGCCUGCCAGUUCUGAAUCGUCAGCAUCAUUCAGUUCCACUUAGACACGUCCCUUCGCAGAUCUGUGCCGCACGAACUUUUUGCCGACGACAGUACUUCUAUUCAUUAUUCGACCCAUAAGGCUUCUCAUCUACUCAGUGGGACGAUUCGUUUAUCUUUCAGUCCUUUGGACUUGAGGUGUCGGUCGGUCCCUUAUUAAAUCCGAUACUCAUCUGUCUGGUUAAUAUUCGCCUAUCUAGGCUCGCAUAAUUGCGAGACAUUCGUCCAGCAAUUGUAGUCUGCCAGGGACACAUGGGAAAUUGGUGAAGAAACAUGAAAAUAAACGGCACUAAGAGAGGCGAGCAAUGUACAUGAUAAAUAACUGGGGUAAUUCAAGUAAACUGCUGACCACUCAUGGCUUCAAGCUAACGUAUUUUGCUGACUUUGCAGCUCUUUGUCACGCUGGAGGGGGUUUUCAUUCUCAUAAUCCUUCUUUCCUAUCUUAAAUAUCCCAUGCUUAACCUCGGACGAGUUUGGCUUUAGGCUUGUUAUUGAAAGCAGCUGGAAGUCUCACAUAGAGCAUAAUUUUAGGUGGCCAUUUAGUAGAGUGACCGUUUGUACAGAUACUUUUAAAGUGCCAGUUGCAAACAACGAUGCGCACUACUGCCCGUACGGGAUGGGCGUUGCCGUUACUCGCGUGUUUUUUGAAGCAGACGUGGACGCGUCUACCUCACUCCUCUGCACCGGCCGCGUUCCGAUUGGAGGACGAAGCGAAACCAAACGAAGCCGGAAGUAGUUGCAAUGUUUGACAAAAAUAAACUGUCCGCCUAUGCGUGGCACACACGCAGCCUGGUUCCUGACACCAAACGUGCCAGGUCUCUCUUGGGUCUCAUCUGAGUGAGAGCGCCAUAAAUUCCACGUUAAGGAACUGUUACAGUCGAACCAUUACUCCAAAGUAUGAUCUGGUUUUUUCGUCCGCAAUUAACCUUUAAAACAAGGAAGGUUGGCGCGCCAUGUGAAGGGGUACUUCAGCGUCGACUUCAUCUUUCCUCCUAUCAUGCAAUAGCGGCUCGUGAGAACCUUUCGGCCGACUGGACUCAGUGGCUGACGUGGCGUGACAUGCACGCGCCAGAUCUUCCUACCGUGUGAACAGAUUUUACGCCAAACUACAGUUCUCAUAUAAAUGAGAUUUGCAUAUUCUCCAGUACGAUGUUUAGCCCGUCAUAACAAUGUCAACGAGUUACAUCACAGAGCUGUGAUAUUUGAUAUUUUGUUGAUGACUGAUGUGCACCUUCGUUUGACUGGAUAGCUCUACUUAUAGUCUAAGUAAGUUUAUGUAUGCUGGUAGCGAUAGGCGGUACAGGUGAGAGUUGGAUUGUACCGGUUUUCGUGCAUAUGCAUGUGUGAAUUUCCUGAAGCGAUAUGGGCAGGUAAGGUGUGCGUGGCGGGUGCCACUCAAAGCUCUAGGCAAUGGUUCUUCAGCCACACUGUCAUGGAUUCCCAGAUGGCCAACCAGGCUGGUGCGUGACUACAAGUUGAGAUUAUUUAGACUACUGGUCGUAGGGGGUGUCCCUUCUGUCCUGUCGGCGUUCCCGUUGCGGUGGGUAAUAAGAUGUUUGACCAGGGAAACCGGCCCUAGAGCGCGGUGUUAAACUGAGGAAAGCUGGGUGGAAUUUCCUCAGUGAUGACGCCCGUGGUGGUAGCUGUUUUGCUGUGCUGGGGUGGGUUGACAGCGUUGACAUUCCGCGGCAUCCCACCCCUGCGUGUCUGUCGUCUCGCUGAUGGGUUUCGCAAAUAGCCGCUCCAGCUUAGACGGCUCUCCGCCAUACCUGUCCCAUCCUAUGCAAGCGUUUUCCUGGUUCCCUGGUCAUGUGUUGACUUCUGCAGCGGCAAACCAGGAGUCUAGACGUCCGAGUAGUGUUUGGGAAUAUGCGAUCCCUACAGGCCUACGACACGCAGCCAUAUUCUCGUUUAUUAUUUGGCUUUCAAGUAACGAUUUAACCUUUUUCCCAAUAAGGUCUUCUAGCGCUUUUGUUUCUUUUUUUCUCAUGGGCUUCCGGGGAAAAUUUGCUGGAGUCACUCAAUAUCGCUUCCAUCUUUCACACGUAAUCAGUCUUGUUUAGCAUCACGACAACGCUUCCUUUGUCAGGUUUUGAGAUGACGUCAGUUAGGGCCGAGAUGUUUUGUCUAGUUAGCGGUGAGCGUUGCAUAGUCGGGAAGGUUCUGCAUUGAUAGGCGAUAUCUACGAAUUUUGCUUUCCAACCAUCUCAUAUUGUCCUUUGACGUUGGUGUUAAUUCGAUAAUUGGUGAUAUAGGUCUUCAAAUUGAGCCUCAAUCUACGUCGAAUCUAUUUUUCUUCUCGGCACACAAAACACGAGUCCCAAAGAGAGGGCCUCGGCUUGCACGUUAGUCAGUUUCAAAUCCGACUUGUUAACAAUGUAGUCAUCUGGCUUUACUGCCAAAAUUGUACAAACCAGGGGUACCGUUACGGCCGAGUAGUAUUUAUUUUUUUCUGCUGGUAGAGGUUUCAUCGCGCGCAGCUGUCACUUCGACUGAACUUGACCGUUACCAUCAUCAUCAGAUUGUAAGCCCCAGUGGUCAUUCCGUGCCACAUCACGUCCUGCCGAUUCACGGCAAAUGUCCGCGCGUCCCACAUUUCCUCGACCAGCAGUGCGCCCUAUCAAUCGGAUGCUAACAUCGAUGGAACCUGACCUCAUGAUCACACAUUGUCCGUCAAGCUCAACGGUCUCGUGGUCUUAUCGGGAUUGGUAAAUUUCUGGAGCUUGUACCACUGCACGAAAAUUGUCAAUACCAUAUUCCAUCUCUUCGCUAUCGUGCCGUUUCGCCAGCCUCCUUCAUUUCUGCAUCUGGUUAGGUGAAAUUUGAGACCCCAGUGAUCUGGCGUCGUCGUCGUCUCACCUUUAUUUAAUGCAUUACCCUUUGUGUAUUUAUCUGCUGUCAGCUUAGUUCGUCCACUCAUGCCGUCCUCUUACUCUGACCUAGUGCUCGCUGAAGAUGCUAUCAAGGCGGCCGUCUCCGACCUGAAGGCCAAGCAGCGGUCUUCCUCUUAG